GGAGAGGGAGUGCGAAUAUUUAAUAAAACAAAAAUAAAUACAAAAAAAAGUGAAAAUAAAUACAAAAUUAAACACAAACGUGCAUUAACAAAAAUAAAGCAACAAAAAAAAAAGAAAUGCUGCAAUUAAUAUAUUAAUCAUAACCGUGAAAACAUUUGAAUAGUGAUAAAGCAAAUAUAGAAACAAAACAACAAGUGCGCCAUGGCCUCUAACACCUCCUGUUUAAGGUCUAAAACUUCCAGUGCCACACAGAAACGUUGGUCCCAACACAUUGUAGCUUCGGACUAUAAUGAUGUUUGUGUUCUAUUGAAAUAUCAAACUAGACGUCAUUCACAAGACGAUCUGACGUUGGUGAAAAAAAUUAGUCAUAUUGUACCUCCCAAAACCUAUUCCACCCUCACUCAUUAUCAUAGUAAAACUAAUAAUAGCGACAAAAAUAACAACAAUAAUAUAAACAACUUGUAUAUUGACAGUUGUGUUGUGUUGGCAGCCUCUAAUGGUGGCCGUUCAAAUACAAAAUCUAAUACCAAUAACAAUAAUAAUGAUAAUAAUACAAAUAAUAAAAAUAUUAAUGGAAAUCAAACAUUUGAAAUUCAAACUGUAACCAAUACUUCCGGUCUAACUAAAAAUAGCAAUUUGCUACAUUCUCGUAAUAACGGUGGUAAUCAGGUUGAUGGUGAUAAUGAUGUUUGUUGUGGUCAUAGUAAAAAUUAUAUACAAAGUCUCCAAAAAACACCACCACAACAACAAAGGUAUGCUGAAAUUAAUAGCCGCCAUAGAAGAAGACUGAUACGACCCAUCUCAUGUUUCGAACCCGGUGAUCAUAAAAACAAGGAAUUAAUGAAUGAUAUUAUCACCAGCUGUAAAUUGAAAAAUGGUUUUGGUCCUGCUAUUCAACAGCAACAACAUCAAAUAAAUUCAUCACCCACAAAACGACCAUUAAGUCCCGAUCAUCCAAAUCCGGCACUACCAAUAACAGAGUCUCCUAGUCCUGCUAUGAAUCGUAUGGGAUGGGCUUUACGUACAUUAUUGGUUGCUGACAGCUCAAGUUGUUUAAAGGAUAGAAAAGUUUCUGGCAAACUCAUACGUAAGUGUGCCCCCGGUACAGAACUGGUAGAUUGGUUGUUGAAUACAGCGCCCAUUGUUCAUACAAGAGCCCAAGCGGCUGGCAUGUUUCAGGCUUUACUGGAGGAAGGCAUAUUAUCACAUGUUAACAAAGAACAACCCUUUAAGGAUAAAUGUUUUCUAUAUCGAUUUCGUGUUGAUGAAGAAGGUACCGCUGGCGGUCACCCCUCCACAGACGAUAUAAAUGCAAGUAAUGAACAUAUACGUGACUCUAUUGGCAGCCUGCUACAACGUGGACCCGAUGCUACGUUACGUAUGAUUUUAAGAAAACCCUCCCAUGAACGCACACCAGAAGAAUUAGAAUUGGUAUUUGAAGAACUUUUACACAUUGCAGCACUAUCGCAUUUAUCAACAAGUAUUAAACGUGAAUUAUCAUCGAUUAUUGUUUUCGAAUCGCAUGCACAAGCUGGAACCAUCUUAUUCAGUCAAGGUGACGAGGGACGUUCUUGGUAUAUAAUACUUAAAGGAUCUGUGGAUGUUGUAAUACAUGGCAAAGGUACUGUGGCCACCCUCAAGAGUGGUGAUGACUUUGGUAAACUGGCUUUGAUUAACGACGCACCCAGAGCUGCUACCAUAGUUUUGAAAGAAAACAAUUGCCAUCUGUUGCGUGUGGAUAAAGAACAUUUCAAUCGUAUUCUACGUGAUGUUGAGGCAAAUACUUUAAGAUUACAGGAGCAUGGUAAAGAUGUUUUAGUUUUGGAACGUGUUGCAAAACAAAGAGGACAACAUUCGGCAUUUAAAUACACUGUCAUGUCGGGUACACCUUCAAAGAUGUUGGAACAUUUAUUAGAGACUCGUUUGGGUACGCAAGUCAGCGGUGUGGAUCCUUUCUUAGAUGAUUUCCUGCUGACCCAUAUUGUCUUUAUGCCCGUUGUACAAUUGGUGGAUGAAUUGGCUAAUUAUUUCCAUUGUGACACCAAUGAUGGCGCGCAAACUCCCGACGAUCGGGAAUACAUAGUAAAUUUCAAGAAGCGUGUUAUACAAUUCAUGCAAAAAUGGGUGAUGGCUGUCAGACAUGCAGCCUUCGAUGAGCCCAGUGUCUGUGAUUUUAUCGAAGAGUUGGCCGCCGAAGUGGAAGCGGAUCCCGAGCUACAGGAAGAAACCAGUAUUAUACACAAUAUUCUCACACAAAUGGCACGCUAUCAAGAUGAUCGCAAUCAAAAUGCAGGACAAAAAUGGAAACUGCCACCGAAUGGACAGCCUAUCUGUUUAUUUAGUGGCAAUUUAACACCCUCGAAAACAGUUAUAAGGCCGGAUGAUGAUAUCAUAUUCCGUGUCUAUUGUGCUGACCACACGUACUGCACACUGCGUUUUCCAUUGCAUACGACAGCGGAAAUAAUUAAAGCCUGUGCUGCCGACAAACUACAAUUGAAUCGUGGCCCGGAGGAUUUGUGUUUGGUGGAAGUCAAAUCGAAUGGUGAACGUUCUGUUUUCAAGGAUAAUGAUGUCAGCAUACCCACAGGUUUGAGUUUAAAUGGACGCCUCUUUGUCUCCGUUAAAGAUCAUCUGGAUGCACUGACGCCUUUGCAGGAGCAAGAAGGACCCACGGAAGCUAUUGAAAUUGAUUUGGAAUUGCUGAGUACCAAAGAAUUAGCGUAUUAUAUAACUACCUUUGAUUGGGAUCUAUUUUGGGCGGUACAUGAGUAUGAGCUGUUGUAUCACACCUUCGGACGCCAUCAUUUUGGAAAGAUUACGGCCAAUUUGGAUGUGUUUUUAAGACGAUUCAAUGAAUUGCAAUAUUGGAUUGUAACGGAAAUUGUGUCCGCCGCCAGCAUGAGCAAACGUGUGGGUUUGUUAAGAAAGUUUAUUAAACUGGCAGCAUACUGCAAAGAAUAUCAAAAUUUAAAUGCUUUCUUUGCCAUUGUCAUGGGUUUAUCGAAUAUGGCGGUAUCACGUUUACAGCAGACUUGGGAGAAAAUACCCUCCAAGUUUCGUAAACUCUAUCAAGAAUUUGAGGCUCUCAUCGAUCCCAGUCGCAAUCACAGGGCCUAUCGGGUAUUUGUGGGUAAACUACAGCCGCCACUAAUACCUUUCAUGCCGCUAUUGCUCAAGGAUAUGACAUUUGCUCAUGAGGGCAACAAGACCAGUUUGGAUGGUUUGGUGAAUUUUGAAAAAAUGCACAUGAUGGCACAAACAAUGCGUACUUUGAGAUUUUGUCGUUCUAGAAGUUUGGGACUUGAACCACCUUCACCCAAAAGUGAGGGCGAGGUACGUUCGUUUAUCAGCUGUCUACGUGUUAUAGACAAUCAACGGGUUUUAACAGCCAUGUCUCAAAAAAUCGAACCAAAUCGUAAAAUCUAAGUUUUUUUUUAUAUUA